UACAUCCCUGUGAACUACAUUACCCAGAAGAACGUGCUGUGAGUUGAGCCAGUGAUAGGUCAGAAUAAAAGCAUUUCAUGAGCUUCAACCACAAGGGGCCGGACUUCCGGGACACUCUUACUGGUGGUCAUUAUUGCUGCUGUGCGUGUGCUUUAAAUUGGGGGCUGCUGGGCUGGUUUCGAGGUGAUAAAAACGGGGAAACCGGGAAGGAGUCGUCGCCGCCUCAGCACAGACAGAGGUGUGAGGCUCCCUCACGACCCCAGGGUGACCCGCUGGGGUCGGGACUACGACGGCAGUGCCCGGCGCCCCCUCCUCUCCCGCUGCUUCCGCGCCCCUUGGCGCACACAGUCCGAUGGCGGCGGCUGCACGGAGGCGCCAGGCUGAGGCCAGUGUGACCUUUGAGGAUGUUGCUGUGCACUUCUCCUGGGAGGAAUGGAGGCUGCUUGAUGAGGCUCAGAGACUCCUGUACCUCCGUGUGAUGCUGGAGAACUUUUCACUUAUAUCCUCUCUGGGUUGCUGCUGUGGAGCAGAGGGUGUGGAGGCACCCACUGAACUGAACAUUUGUGCACAAGCGCCUCAGGAAAGGAAUGCCAAGGCAGCUUCAUCUUCCCAGAAGAGCCACCCCUGUGAGGGUUGUGGGACAGUCUUGAGAGACAUUUUCAGCUUGUUUGAGCAGCAUGGAACACAGCAGAGCCCACCACUGCUGAGGUGUAGGGCAUGUGCAAAACGAUUUCAUUUCAGUGCAAAGUGUCAUCAGUACAAGGAGCAGCUUAUGGGACAGAAACCCUUCAAGAGUAGUGUGGACAGGACCUCAUUUGUGAAGAGGAAGCCCUUUACCUGUGGCAAGGUUCAGAAGGACUUCCUGGCUAGCUCGAGUCCUCAGCAGCAACAGGACACCCAUAAAGCACAGGAGCCAAACAAAGGCACCCAAUGGGAAGCAACAUUACAAAGCAGAAAAAGUCAUUACACUUUGGAAGAAGGCAAGGAAGCCUUUAAGCCCCAACACAUACUUAUUCAGGACCAGGCUGUCCAUACUGGAAGACAGUGUUUUGUGUGUGGUGAAUGUGGAAAAACAUUCAGCUCCAAAUCCUCAUUUGUCACGCACUGCAGAGGCCACACUGGAAAAGGCUUCCCUGUGGAUACUGAAAGUGGAAAAUCGUUUAGUGAAGCCUCAACCCUCCGUGAGCAUCAAAAAAUUCAUACUGGAGCAAGGCAGUACAAGUGCAGCAAAUGUGGAAAAUCCUUAAGCCUCACAUCUGUCCUCAUUCAUCCCAACGGACAGGAAAGUGCAGAAGACAAUUACAUGUGUACUGAAUGUACUCAGUCAUUUAGUGAUAACUCAGCAUUUAAUCAAUCUCAGAGAGUUCACACUGGAGAAGAAACUUAUGAAUGCAACGAAUGUGGAAAAUCUUAUAACAGUAGGCGGAAACUGGUUCGACACCAGAAAUCUCACAGAACAGAAAGGCCUUAUGGGUGUAGCAAGUGUGGGAAAUCCUUUACUGAUAGGGGGAAACUUGGUCGACACCAGAAAUCUCACAUAGAAGAAAGGCCUUAUGGGUGUAGUGAGUGUGGGAAAUCUUUUACUGAGAGGGGGAAACUUGUUCGACACCAGAAAAUUCACACAGGAGAAAGGCCGCAUGUGUGUACUAUAUGCGGUAAAUCUUUUUAUCGUCGCUGCAACCUUACGUAUCAUGAGCGCAGCCACCGAGGAGAAAAGCCUUACAAGUGUGAAUGUGGGAAGUGUUUCACCACUGGCUCUGCCCUCUAUUACCAUCGGAGAGUUCACACAGGAGAAAGGCCUUAUGAAUGUACUGAAUGUGGGAAAUCUUUUACCUGGAUCAAUGCCCUUCAGUGUCAUCAGAGAGUUCACACAGGAGAAAAACCUUAUGUGUGCAAUGAAUGUGGGAAAUCUUUUCCCAGGAUUUAUAACUUUCGUUGUCAUCAGAGACUUCACACUGGAGAAAGGCCUUAUGAAUGCAGUGAAUGCGGGAAGUCUUUUGCCUGGAUGAAAAGCCUGCAUUAUCAUCAGAGAGUUCACAUAGGAAAAAGGCCUAGUGAGUGCAGUGAAUGUGGGAAAUCUUCUACCUCGAACAAAAGCUUUUGUUAUCAUCAGAAAGUUAAUACAAGAGAAAGGCCUUAUAUGUGCAGUGAGUGCGGGAAAUCUUUUACCCAGAACCAUAGCCUUCGCUGUCAUCAAAGAAUUCAUACAGGGAAACGGCCUUAUGAAUGCAGUGAAUGUGGAAAGUCCUUUAUCUCCCACCAAUACCUUCGUAAUCAUCAGAGAGUGCACACAGGAGAAAGGCCGUAUGAGUGCAGUGAAUGUGGGAAAUCUUUUGCCCGUCGCAACACUCUCUCUUAUCAUCAGAGAGUUCAUACAGGAACAAAGCCUUACAAAUGCAGUGAGUGUGGAAAAUGUUUUGCCUCUAGUUCCACCCUCCGUAGCCAUGAGAGAGUUCACACAGGAGAAAGGCCAUAUAAGUGCAGUGAAUGUGAAAAAUCUUUUACCGCGAGCUCUGCCCUCCGUUAUCAUCAGCGAGGUCACACAGGAGAAAGGCCUUAUGAAUGCAGCAAAUGUGGCAAGUCAUUUAAGGAUAGUUCCCAAUUCAGUCUACACUGUAGACGUCAUACUGGGGAAAGGCCUUAUGAGUGCAAUGAAUGUGGGAAAUCUUUUAUCAGUAAUUCUAAACUUCAUGAUCAUCAGAGACUUCACACAGGAGAAAGGCCUUAUGAGUGCAGUGAAUGUGGGAAAUCUUUCAUUAGUAAUUCUAAACUUCAUAAUCAUCUGAGAAUUCACACUAGAGAAAAGCCUUAAGUGUGCUGGCAAUGUGCAAUUUUCUGUUCAUUGUAACAGUCUGGAGGAAAUUCUUUCAAGAGACUUUUGAAUUGAAACUUUUCCAUGUGAAUAUGCACAGUAUGGAAAUUGCCUGUCAUUUUCACUUAUAUGGGAAGUGUUUGUAAAUAUGUCACACUUUCUGACUUGCCCAAGGCUCCUUCUAGGUUUAUUGUGUAGCUGCAUUCUGUGGUUCUAGUCCUUUCACCUUUACCACAGUGCAGGUCCACAAAGUUUGUAUCAUUCAACACCCUAAUGUGCUCAGGGAAGCUGAACUCUGGUCUCACGAGUGUUGUAGCAAACUAGAAAUGACUGGAGCCCUCAGGAAGGCAGCUUUCUCUUUACUAGUAAUUUGGAUAUGGACUAGGUCCUCUGUUGACCCUGAGAAUGUCAUGAGUUCUGCACUCAAGCUUGCAUAGAAAUGUCUACCUGUUCCAGAGAUGUGUUCAUCUCACCUGAUGUUUUGAUGAGAUUUUCCAGCUUAUGAACUUGGUACAUGCCUUCUGCACAUUGCUUUGGCUUGCACUAAUUCAAGCCUUAUUUUUACUUUUGAGGAUCUUAUUUGAUUUUAGAGAAAGGGAAAGAGGGAGAGAGUGUUAAUGUGAGGAGGAAACAUUGAUGAGUUGCCUCUUGCACACACCUGAAUGGGGGAACUGAACCCACAACUUAGGCAUGUGCCCUGACUGGGAAUAGAACAUACCACCUUUUGCUUUGUGGGACAACACCUAACCAACUGAGCCACACUGGUCAUGACCAGGCCUUAAUGUUUAAGUUUUUCUUUAGUUUUGGUUAUUCUUUGUACGGGGUAGUUUAUAAACUGAUUCAGGCUCUAAAACCGUGAAGAGCUGAGCAAACUUUUUAUGGUUUCAAAUUUUGUCUAGUUGUUGAGGGACUGUAUGAUGGCAGAACAUAACUGGCUAGUUUUGACCAAAUUUGCAUGGCUAUCCACAGACUUCUAGAAAGGACUGAAGGCUUUCUGUUUUUUGUUUAGAUGCCAUGAGUUUUAGGAGUCUUUGAGAUGAUCCUGAGGGGAAGGCAGGUGUGAGAACCUGCGGUACUUAGAAGAGUAGCCUGUUUUUUUUUCCCUUGCCCACGACAGAUGUCACAGAUUGUACUAGCACAGUUGAGGGUCUAUCUUUUCUCAGGUCUAGAGAAAGUCACGUGCCCUGGCUGGCGUCCACAACUCAUUGGGCUUAUAGAGUCACUGGUUGAACAACUGGGUCCAUGGAAAACCAUAGUUAGUGCAGAAACACUAAUAGUGGCCUAUUAGGGAUUGGAGGAGACUGCAGCCAGCUGGAUAGAACUUGCCUCAUCCAAAGAUGUACCCGGAAUUAUUUCUGUGACCCCGACUGCAUGAUGAGUGUACACAGAUCUGAGGAACGCCAGGCAUCAUUAUCUUGUGUAGCUGACAUCACUGUGACAAAAAACAAAAAUUAUCAAGAGGCUUUGUGGAUUCCCAUAGCCACUCAGUGAUGUCUGCCUCAAAGCCAUUACUACACACCAGGAAAGGAGAAGAGAUGGUGGAGGGACAUGUCCUCCAGGGUUAUGAUUCUUGAUGCAGGCAGCAUUCUUGUGGACUAAUGUACAGAUGUUCAUUACUCACCACAUUUGAUGCCAUCGAGGCAAUACUGAGCCCUAGAGGGCCUGAGGAAAGAUGGUGGAGUCAAUGUAGAGUGGUCAAGCCUAUUUUCCAAAACAAGUAUAAUACAAAGUUUGUUGUAAUCUUGAGCCAUUUUUUACAGUUUCACUACCAAUUUACAUGCACUACCUGCAUCUAUAUAAGGUAUACAAUUUGAUAAAUUUUGACGUAGGUAUGAACUUAUGAAACCAUUAUUGUAGUUCUGAUAGUGACCACAUCUGUCCUUCCUUGCUCACCAGCUGCCACUGAGGCCAGGCAGGUGUUGCUAGGACAGAAGAGCUCAUGGUGUCAAUAUAGAGUUUUAUAGCAUAUUUUCUGAAAAGAGUGUGAAGCCUAGGUUUUUCUUUUUAACUGUUUUUAUCAUUUAGUAAGGAAUAAGUGACAGGCAAUAAAACAUUAAAGUU